AGCGGGCUAUUGCGUGUGUUGUGUGAUGACGCGGUGGUCAGGUGUCUCCUCAUAAAACGAGGGGAGCUGUCCAAGUGCUGAAAACAGAAGAGAACUGCACCGCUCCGGAGGAGAUGCUAUCGACCCUCACCACUGUCUGAGCUUUAUUUCCAAAGGUAACAAAUAGCCUAUAAUGCUGCAUUUCCACCACAAGUUGCCCACGGGGGGAGCCGUGGUCCUGCUCGCCUUCCUCCUCCACGGAUGCGCCGUGCAGGCUGCGUCUCUCCCCCGCCACUUCAGGCUCCGAGGCGGGGAGAGUGAGGGGCAGCCGGCUGCCUACCCACCGAGCCCCGACAUGAUGAAAGCCCUGGAGUACAUUGAGAACCUGAAGCAGAGGAACGGGGGCCGACCUGAGCCCGCGGAUUACGACGAAGUGGACAAGUUCAAGAUCCUGCUUCAGCUCGCCGCGCAGCAGGACGAGAGUCCCGGGGAUCGCCAGCCUGCUCCCGGCGCGCAGAGGCAAGACAUUACCGCCGAGCAGCUCAUGAAAGCCCUGCUCAAGUCUCUGCAGGAUCAGGCCGGGAGGGAGGCGAAGCUCAGCCCCGCACCUGCGCCCAGGAACGACCGCCGAACGCACAGGCACCGCACCAAAGACACCGAAGUCCCCCAGAGCGCACCGUCUGAAUACGGCAAUUUCCCCAGACCCCACAAGAAGUACCCGCUGAUGUUUGAGGAUGAGGAGAACACAGACGCGUCAAAGCGCGCCACGGAGGACCUGGACGAGCAGUACACUCCCCAGAGUCUCGCCAAUUUGCGCUCCAUCUUCGAAGAGCUUGGGAGGAUGCCCACGCUCGGCGGCCAGAAGAGAGACUUGUUCGGGGACGACGACGACGAGGAGGAGGACGGGUUCAGCCUGAGGAGCCCGGCCUACGAGGACGUGGCCGGAGGAGAGGAGUGGGUCCCCGUGGAGGAGAGGGAGGAGACGGAGGAGAUGGUCAACGGCAGCCACGAAGAAAUGGCACGGGCGCUCGGUGAGCAGGAGGAAGCCGAGAGGGAGGAGAUGCAACGCCGGGCCAACCAGAACCAAGAGGGGGCUGAUGAUGACACCAAGCUGGUAGAUUAUUACCUGUUGAAAGUCCUGGAGAUGAGCGACCAGACGCAGAAGAGGGAAAAGACCGGGGAGCAGAGAAAGAGACUGAUCCGCCCCUCCAUCGUGGAUCCCCGGACAGUGAGGGAGCUGCUGGAGCUCUCCCUGAAGCUCCACGUCCCCCCACAGGACCUCAUCGACAUGCUGCUCACACAGGAGCUCAGGAAGCUGCACCGCGACCGCCAAGCCCCGGUGCGCUACACCACCAGCCAGACCCCAAAGAUCAGGUACUACAGCCGCAGACUGCCCGUCAAGAGCAAGCCCCCCGUUGAGGACAUGGACAGGGAGGACUUUUUAGACAUCAUCGGAGUGGAGACCAUCAGCAACGAGUAUCCCAUUGUGCAGAGACCCAUGAAGACCUCUCCCUCCUCGGACAGAAUCCCACUGGCGUCAAAACCCCCUGCAAAUCCAGGUCCGGUCAAAAUCCCUUCUCCCGCCGGACGCAGGGAAAACCUGUUUUUAUCCGAGCUCAACAAGAUGCCCCUGAAGCGUCAGUCCGACGGUGCCAAUGAUGAAGAUGAGGACGACGAGGACGGCGGUGACGUGGAAGACGAGGUGACGACCUACCUGGCGGCCAAAAUCCUCACGGAGUACCCCAACACCAUCGCCAAGCGGGACACCCAGGCGCAGCUGAAGGGCCAGUUCCCCUACGAGCUGUACGAGCGCGCCAUGAAGGACUACCUGGGCCAAGCGGACACUGCGCUGAGGCCGGUGGCCAAGAGGGAGAGCGAGGUGGCCACGGAGGAGAGAGUAAUGCCCACGGAGGUGCAGGGGAAAGAGGAGACACCGGCCAAGACCUCGGCUCCACAGACCGUGAACGAAGAGGAAGAAGGGCACCGUGAAAUGACAGUGGCAGGGAUGUAGCCCUAUCCCCCCACCCCCACCCUGCAAGACGCACGAAAUUAUGAAUAUAGUAUUUAUACUGUCUCAAAAAUAAAGUUUGGUGGACGUGAUCUAGUUUACAAACAUUUCUAUUAUAUGAACUAUAGCUGGUAUGACUAAUGUCACCCCCAAUGAAAAUCAACUAUAGCAAUCGUACAGGUCCAACACAAUUUUGUGAAAAAAAAAAAUACUAGUCCCUACUUGCUGCAAGAAUAUUUUAGAAAUAUUAUCAUUAUAGAGUGAGGAUAUUAAAGGUGCAAUCCGUGCACAGACGAGGAGAAGGGGUAUCCUCUAAACACCUUGAUUGGAUGUAAACCUGUUGUUACUCAGAAUUUGCCAAUGAAUACACUAAUAUUAAAACAAAAAUUAUAGAAGUUUUGUGAUGUUGUUCAAAGUUUGUUAACAUUAAUGGUGUUUGUAAGCAGGCCUAUAUUUUCAACUAUAAUCAGCUGAGUGAUGGUAAAAAAAAAAGCUUAUUUUUCAUGUCAAACUAUACAAAUACAUAUGUGAAUAUACAUGUAAAUUAUAAAGUAUAUUGCUGACUGGGCCUUUAAGAACACAGUGUAUACAGUAUAAUGGCAGGGGUACAAUAGGAAUAUGUUUUUCUUAUAGGACAGCGUGCCGGGCUGAAAUCGAGCAGGGUCGUGACUCGUUCUAUAUUCAGGGUUAGUGGAUGUAAUGUUACUACUAUUAUGGAUAGUUAUUUCCAAGUCUAAAUAUGAGACCGUCGCCUGCCUUCCAACCCUUUCAUACUGCGAAGCUCUGUAUCGUUGGCCUACCAGUGGUUGUGCUCUGUAUGCUCAUUUUUAAACCAUUUUGUACAUGUUCAAUAAUGUGUGAUGAAUAACAGAUGAAUAAAGCAUCAGCGGUAUUAUUUUUCUC